CAGACCAAAGUCCUCUACUGAAUUCUUAUUCCAUCUCCUCUAAAGGUGAAGAUUCUCCUGACUACAUGUCCUUUCCUUGGUAAAUUUAUACGAAAGUAUACUAAGUUCACGAUAUUGUUAUCAGACAUGGGUUCCCCGAGCUGUUGAUCUUUGGUUAUUCAAAAUGUCGACAACUUCUUAGUCCUAUGUCUGUGUCUACUAGAGAUGAUGAACAGAUGCUCUCUUUCUGCCCAGGCUUUUAAAAUAAAUAGAGGGUGCAGGCAAGGUCUUUGUCUGGCGCUGGGGAGGCUUAGGCAUUUAACUACUUUACCCGGUCAGGCAUUCUGUCGGUUUGACGCCUCUAGUAGAGGAAACCAUACCGAAAGCACCUUACUUUACAGAAGGUCUCAUCAAUGCUUGUUUAAUGUCCCAGUCAUCGCCAAAGCCGCGAAUACAGUGCAAAGAUGUUCUUCUAUCUCCUUUGUGUCAGUUUAAGAAUCAGUAAUCGGAUGCUAUAGAGGAAGAUUCAAAAAGUUAAUAUAUUCCAAGUCCCAAAGUGGAUUCAAUAGCUUCACUAGCUGUGAAUUCUGCCUUCCAUGAAAACCCCGUCUUUUUGGCAGCAACUGCUAAUAGAUAGGAAAGAACGACUGACUGGGCAGACUAACUUCAGGGAAGGAGAGUCUUAGAAAGAAGACCGCUUUGCGACUGGCUUGACUGAAUGGGCAUACUGAGGCAUAGGCUACAUGGGAUGAAUUAGUCAAUUCAAUCCUUUCAUAUGCAUAUGGCACUUUCGGGUCCUUCCUAAAUAAAUCAUUGCCCUGGAGCCUCAUCUCUUGAGCUCAGUGGGAUAUAAUUGAUCCAACUUUCAGUUAGCAUUCAAAUGAAACUAUAUUUUUAACAGAUUGAGUUGGAUGUAGGUAAGGAUGUGCCCUAAGGGGGGAAAAUGCAUUCUUUAUUUCCAUAAAGAAUUAACUUAUCGAUACUCGUACAAUCCAGUUCUUUUAGUGGGAGAGCAGUAGUCACAUCCUGGCUUCUAUCUCCUCGUCGUUUAGUCAGUGAUCUAGUGGAAUUCUAUCUUGAAGCGAGUGCAGCGUAAGGAAUGCUUCCUUGUUCUCCUCCUUAUUCAAAGCAUCGAGCAAAGAAUAUUCUAUAAGGUAUGGCUACUUGAGCAAAAGCGAACGAGACAGAUGAGGAGGCAGAGACGUAAGGCAUAGGGCAAAGGAGCAACGAAUGGUAACGGAGGAAAGUAGUAAGGUAUGAAAUUACUUAGAAAGAAGCAUGUUGGAUGACGAAACGAUGACUUAAUUAAUGCUACAAUUAUGGAUUUGGGACUUUAUCGAAAUAACGUCAGUGAUAGAUGGAAUCGUUCAGUACGCUAAUCUUGACAGUUUCCAUUUUCGAUUGAGAAAGCGGCAGGCCCAACUAGCUCUACAGUAGUGCCUUGCGAGGUCGUGGAGCCGGUAACCCUCGUGCGCCUACUCAUAUUCAAAAGGCGCGUCUGGCGGUUUGUUAUCGUAUAGAAGAGAGAGGUUGCUUUUAGGAGUGAUCUUUCCCUCUUCAACAAGCCAGUGUGAUCUCACUUUCGAAAGAGAGUUGCGAUAAUGAAAACAGAUAUAUAUCAAGUGUACAGUGAGGGAACAAGCAAGGGACUGAGCGCUAGCUGAUCUACGACCACCGUUGCGCGUUAGCGCAGCCGUUUUCUUGCUAGGUAGCCAGUCUUGACUUAAGUCGGUCCAAGCUUGAUUUAUCUCAACCAAUGCCCAAAAAGUCCCAUCUCUUUCUUUGUUGGUCAACAACCAGCUCUCUAUAGUUCAUUACUACUCGUGGAGGCUUGACGGAGUCUUGCUGUCUGGAGGGAAGCAUUUAUUUUGAUCAAGAAUGCCUCAACUGGAUAAAUUCACUUAUUUCACACAAUUCUUCUGGUCAUGCCUUUUCCUCUUUACUUUCUAUAUUCCCAUAUGCAAUGAUGGAGAUGGAGUACUUGGGAUCAGCAGAAUUCUAAAACUCAGGAACCAACUGGUUUCAGACCGGGGGAACAACAUCCGGAGCAAGGACCCCAACAGUUUGGAAGAUAUCUUGAGAAAAGGUUUUAGCACCGGUGUAUCCUAUAUGUACUCUAGUUUAUUCGAAGUAUCCCAAUGGUGUAACGCUGUCGACUUAUUGGGAAAAAGGAGGACAAUCACUUUGAUCUCUUGUUUCGGAGAAAUAAGUGGCUCACGGGGAAUGGAAAGAAACAUAUUCUAUUUGAUCUCAAAGUCCUCAUAUAGCACUUCUUCUAAUCCUGGAUGGGGGAUCGCUUGUAGGAAUGACAUAAUGCUAAUCCAUGUUCCACACGGCCAAGGAAGCAUCGUUGUUUAAUCUCAUUAUGACUUGGGCGUUCGGAAGAGAUUCCUUCUCGAUCAGAAUAGUGGAAUAAAAGGCACUAAUCCGCGACCAGCAAGUUUUCCAAAACCGAACUGAAUGGAAUUGUUACUUUUCAAAAAUGCUUGCUGAAAAU